UUUCCUGGCACAUGCAAAUAAACUAUCAUUGUGUCUUUCAAACUUAGUGUUUUUUGUUGUGACUGAUGUUAUUACGCCUCUGUUAUUUGAAAAAAAAAGGCAAUCAUUUUUGGUAUGUUUGCCUUUUGUAUGUGUGUACAUAUGCCUUUGUUAUGUUUGUGCAUUUGUGAGUUUUUAUGAAGCAUAUUUAAUUGCUUCCUUUGUUGCUAGUAGCAGAUCUAUGAGCAUUUGAGGUCCCUUCCCAAGUGCUCCCAUUGCAAUACAGCCAUCAAGACAGUGAGCAUGCUGGGGUUUCAUGUUACAGGUUAUCUGCUUUAAAAUAACAGCAGCCCUGAGCUUUGGAGUCCGUUUUGAAAACCGCUCUGCUAUUGGUGGAGAUAUAGCAGGAUUGCAGCCAAAACUUCCCUGCAUUUCCUGCCAAAAUCUGUGUCAGACUUAAGACACAUGCUUCUGCAAGCUUCCAUGAAGGUUGUUAGCAAAAAAAAAAGUUUUAAUCUAGAGUUGGGUUCCAACCUUCUGUAACUGCUAGCAUUGGAGGCCGUACCACUUCUUUAUAAAGCAGCUAGAACCUGGACAUAAAAGGGAGAUUUUUUUUUAAUUUGCUGGGCCUGAAUUGAAUGUAGAGCCCUUUCUAACUUCAAAUGGAAGACAUAUCCACCUCUUGAUUAUUUUGGAGCAUGAGAGUAUUUUUUUUGUCUCUCUCUCCCCACCUAAGAUUGUACCAAAAAAAGUACCUUGUCUAAUUGAAGUCAUUUCAUUGGAUUUUGAUCACAACUAAUUUUUAUGUGAAGUUUUGAUUAAACUUUCCUUCUGGAGAAUGCCUUUUGAAACAUUUUUCCGUGGCUGACUCAUUUCAACGGCUUAGUGCUCAGUGGAUAUUGAAGUGUUCAAAAUGUACAGAAAAUGGGCAGUGGUGAAUAUUUUCAUGAUGUCUUAUGUGCACCUGGUACAAGGCUUCAGUAAUCAACAUGAACCAGUGAAGCAAUCACCUCUGUCAAUGUUAGAACGAUCUGAACAGCAGAUUAGGGCUGCUUCCAGUUUGGAAGAACUCCUUCAGGUUACCCACUCUGAGGACUGGAAGCUGUGGCGAUGCCGGCUGAAGCUUAAGAGUUUUAGCAAUAUGGACUCUCGCUCAGCAUCCCAUCGGUCCACCAGAUUUGCAUCAUCUUACUAUGACAUUGAAACACUAAAAGUUAUAGAUGAAGAAUGGCAAAGAACACAGUGCAGCCCUAGAGAGACAUGUGUGGAAGUUGCCAGUGAGCUGGGGAAGAGUACAAACAGGUUCUUCAAGCCCCCAUGUGUAAUUGUGUUCCGGUGUGGUGGCUGCUGCAAUGAAGAGAGCCUCAUGUGUAUGAACACGAGCACCUCCUAUGUUUCCAAACAGCUCUUUGAGGUAUCAGUGCCUUUGACAUCAGUACCUGAAUUAGUGCCUGUGAAAGUUGCUAACCAUACAGGUUGUAAGUGCUUGCCAACGGCCCCUCCCCAUCCAUACUCAAUUAUCAGACGAUCCAUCCACGCUCCAGAAGAAGAUCGAUGCCCCCAUUCCAAGAAACUCUGUCCUGUUGAUAUGCUAUGGGAUAGCACCAAAUGUAAAUGUGUUUUACAGGAGGAGAAUCCACUUGCUGGAACAGAAGACUACUCUCAUCCCCAAGAUCCGGCUCUCUGUGGGCCAUACAUGAAGUUGGAUGAGGAGCGUUGUGAGUGUGUGUGUAAAACACCAUGUCCCAGAGAUCUUAUCCAGCACCCAGAAAACUGCAGUUGCUUGGAAUGCAAAGAAAGUCUCGAGAGUUGCUGCCAGAAGCACAAGAUUUUCCAUCCAGAUACCUGCAGGUCAAUGGCUUUUUCACUUUUGCCUUAACUUCAUUUAUCAAUGAUAAUGAUAAAUGAAGUUAAUGGCGAUGCCAUGUUGAUUUGAUAAGGAUCUCUUCUGAAGCUAUUUUUUUCCCUCAGUGUCCACAUCCCUUUCCGAGAGAAAAACACAAGUUUCAUAGCUAAGGAAUAAACAAAAGUGUGUAGAGUUAUGACUAAUUGAGAAGUGAAGAAAAUCCUGCUUGCUAGUAUGAGUUGAUAGUUCUUAACCAACAAGGAAAUUGAUGAAAUUUAAACAACUAUUGAGGGGAGGGGAGAGAAAGAGAUAUCAGCAGACUCAGUUUCUUUUUCUUUGAUGAAGGGGAUGCCACUAGAUUUACAUAAGCAAGAUUUUUUUUCAUGUUUCACUCGGAUGUUACUGUUUGGGCUUUAAUCAGUGUUUUAAAUCUAUAUGGAAUAACUGCUUAAGAUUUGAUAUUGACAUUUUAAAUGACCUUUGAAAACACAAGCAAAGCAGAACAGGGUUAUUCCUUUGAAUUCAGUUCUUGAUGCUAAAUUCUCAUCUUCACUUUCUUUUGGGACAGCUGUUAGGACUGGUGCCCUUUUCACACUAGAACAUGUGCAAAUGGAAAACCAGCCUGUACAAAGCAUUGUCACUUUCCAAAGGACAAAAGGGCUUCCCAGGGGUUCCACAGACAACAGAAUCCUUGACUCACCUUUGUUCCAAAUUCCCUAUACCUGUCAUUUUUAAACAGUAGGAGGCUUGGCCAAGUUGCUGUCAUUGUUUUUCCCCUUCAGGUGUUUGGGGGGCGGGUGGGAAUCCAUUUUAUAUUGUAUCACAGUGAAUCAAACCAACCGCACAUUCAACACCAGCUGAGUAUUCCCUGGUUUAUUGACAGAUGACCUGUAGCUGAAGAUGUCUUUGCAUAGCAAGGAGUGGAGAGGAAGGCACCUGUAGAACCCAUAGUUUUUGAUGCUAAGAAAUGUUUGCUUGUCAUUGAAUGACACAUGCCAUAGGAUUGACUAUUCAGAACGGAUAGGGAACAGUGCAGUCUCUGAGUCUGCUGCUAAGUGCAACUCUUAUGAAUUAAUCUGAUUUUUGCUUAUGCAGACACUUUUUGUAUGAUCAACAAUGACUUCUAACCUCUGUUGAGCUUGUAGCUUUUGAAUUUCAGUAAACUACUGUCUGAUGUCUUAUAUUUAAGUGUAUUUAAAGGAAAUAAAUAUCAAUAU